UCAGAAUGCUCUCCACGGUACAUCUGUGGAAGAUUUCAAGUGCUUCAGGUGACAAACCAAAUCUCCUCAACCUGCUGAUGAGGUUAGAAACGACAGAAGAAGAUUAUGUACAAGAAUCUCAAAUGCACACCACAUCUGUUUUGCUGCCUCUUUUUAAGGAGUGACCAGAUAUUUUCUUAGUAACAACAAUAUAUCUAUUGUCCACCCUAGAAGAUGAAGAUAUGUCUCAUCCCAGCUGGAAACGUACUUUGUGUCUGAAAUGAACUUUUCUGUUGUAACUCUGUGUAACCCACUGGAACCAGGGUGUUCCAGCAUUUAUUCACUGGAGAUCAGUUUUCAACUGCAUUGGUUAUACAAGGGAUUCAAAACGCCUGACAUCUGACUUUCUAAAUUGCCAGAGAAUCGGUCGCAGUGAGAUAUCAUUCUCCUUCUCUCAGUGUGGGAAGGGAUUUACUCACAGCUUACCUGCAGCCACAGAGUGAAUUCACAGUAGGAAAAAGACCAUUCACCUGCUCUGCAUGUGGGAGGGGAUCUACUCAAUCAUCCAGUCUAAAGAUACAUCAGCAAUUUACACCAUAGUGAAAUGCUCCACGUGUUCUGACUGUGGGAAGCAAUUCACUGUACAAUCAAUGCUAAAGAUAUUUCAGAAAGUUCACCAGUGAGAGAAUAUUGACCUGCUCAGACUGUGGGAAGAGAUUCAGGCACUCAUCCCAUCGUGGACACAUCACUGAGUUCACCGGGGAGAGAGAUUACUCAACUGUUCUGUAUGUGGGAAGAGCUUCACUCAGUCCUCUGAAUACCUGACACACGACUGAGUUCAUACUCAUUAGAAGCUUUACAUCUGCUCUGAAUGUGGGAAAAAUUUCACUCAGUCAUCUCAGCUGUUGACCCAGCAAUUAGUUCACACUGAGGAGAGGCCAUUCACCUACUCAGACUGUGGGAAGGGAUACACUCAGUCAUUUCAGCUACUGGUGUACCAGUGGGUUCACACAUGAGUUCACCUUUUUCUGUGUGUGGAAAGGGAUUCAUUUAGUCAUCUGUACAACUGACACACCAGUCAGUUCACACUGGGGAGAUGCCGUUCACCUGCUCAGACUGUGGGAAGGCAUUCAGACACUCAUCCACGCUACAAAGACACUAGUUAUUUUUGACUGGAGAGAGGCUAUUCACUUGUUCUGUGUGUGGAAAGGGAGUCUCUCAGUCGUCUGAACUACUGGCACAUCGGUUCAUUCACACUGGGGAGAUGCCGUUCACCUGCUCAGGCUGUGGGAAGGUAUUCACUCGAUCGUCUCAGCUGAAGGAACAUCAGCGAGUUCACACUGGAGAGAAACCAUUCUCCUGCUUAGACUGUGGGAAGGAAUUCACUUGGUCAUCUGACUUGAAAAUACAUCAGCGAGUUCACACUGGGGAGAGGCCGUUCACCUGCUCAGACUGUGGGAAGGGAUUCACUCGAUCAUCUCAACUGAAGGAACAUCAGCGAAUUCACACUGGGGAGAGGCCGUUCACCUGCUCAGACUGUGGGAAGGGGUUCUCUCGGUCGUCUCACCUACUGAUACAUCAGGUAGUUCACACUGGAGAGAGGCCAUUCACCUGCUCUGAAUGUGGGAAGGGAUUCACUCAAUUGUCCCACCUGCAUACACAUCAGCGAGUUCACACUGGGGAGAGGCCAUUCACCUGUUCCGUGUGUGGGAAGGGAUUCACUCAGUUAUGUCACCUACAAGCACACCAGUCAGUUCACAGUGGGGAGAAACCAUUCACCUGCUUUGAAUGUGGGAAGGGAUUCACUCAGUCAUCCCACCUACAGAGACACCAGCAAAUUCACAGUGGGGAGAGACCAUUCACCUGUUCUUUCUGUGGGAAGAGAUUCACUCAGUUACGUCACCUACAGGCACACCAGUCAGUUCACACUGGGGAGAAACCAUUCACCUGUUCAGAUUGUGGGAAGGAAUUCACUCAGUCAUCCCACCUGCAGGCACACCAGUCACUUCACACUGUGGAGAAACUGUUCACCUGCUCAGACUGCGGGAAGGGAUUCACUCAGUCAUCCCACCUCCUGACACACCAGCGAAUUCACACUGGGGAGAGGCCAUUCACCUGUUGUGUGUGUGGGAAGAGAUUCACUCAGUUGUGCAAUCUGCAGGCACACCAGUCAGUUCACAAUGGGGAGAAGCCAUUCACCUGCUGUGAAUGUGGAAAGGGAUUCACUCAUCUAUGUAACCUGCAGGCACACCAGUCAGUUCAUACGGGGAGGAAACCAUUCACAUGCUCAGACUGUGGGAAGGGAUUCACUCGGUCGUCCCAACUGCUGACACACCAACGAGUUCACACUGGGGAGAGGCCAUUCACCUGUUCUGUGUGUGGGAAGGGAUUCUCUCAGUUAUGCAACCUGCAGGUACACCAGUCAGUUCACAUUGGGGAGAGGCCAUACAGCUGUUCUGUGUGUGGGAAAGGAUUCACUCAGUUAUGCAGCUUACAGGCGCAUCAGUCAUUUCACACUGGGGAAAGGCCAUUUACGUGUUCUGAAUGUGGGAAGGGAUUCACUCGAUCAUCCACCCUUAUGUCACAUUACCGAGUACACACUGGGGAGAAACUAUUCACCUGCUCUAAAUGUAGUAAGGGAUUCUCUAGGUUAUCCAACCUGCAGAGACACAACCGAAUUCACACUGGGGAGAGGCCAUUCACCUGCUCUGAAUGUGGGAAGGGAUUCACUCAGUUAUCCAGCCUACAGACUCACCAGCGAGUUCACACUGGGGAGAGGCCAUUCACCUGCUCAGACUGUGGGAAGGGAUUCCCCAGGUUAUGCAACCUACAGGCACACCAGUCAGUUCACACUGGGGAGAGGCCAUUCACCUGCUCUGAAUGUGGGAAGGGAUUCACUCAGAAAUCUAACCUGCAGACACACCAGCGAGUUCACACUGGUAAGAGGCCAUCUACCUGUUACGAGUGUGGGAAGGGAUUCACUCAGUUAUCCCACUUGCAGAGACACCAGUGUGUUCACACUGGGGAGAGGCUGUUCACCUGUUCCAUGUGUGAGAAGGGAUUCACUAAGUUAUGCAACCUACAGAGACACCAGCGAGUUCACACUGGGGUGAAACCAUUUGCCUGCUCAAACUUUGGGAAGGCAUUCACAGAUUCAUCGACACUAGAGAUACACCAGCAAGUUCACACUGGGGUGAAACCAUUCACCUGUUCUGAAUGUGGGAAGAGAUUCACACAGUUAUCCAGCCUUGUGGCGCACUGCCGAGUUCAUGCCGGGGAAAAGAUUACAUCAUGGAUAUUUAACCAUCAGAGUUGGUGAAUGAGAGGCAAGUCCAAAAGUGGCUGUUGUUGUCAAACUUUGCAAUUACUGCCGCUGCUCAUCAUACCCAGUGCUGCACCGUGGUCACCAGGCAGGAGAGCAGUUUUUUCAACUGAUGCUCACCUUUUAUGGGACUGGACUUUAGUAUUCUGGAUCUGUGAGAAAUAAAUCAGUUCUAUUUUGAACUCUGUCUGAGGUACCUACUGAAUUUACAACACAUCCAGUACGCAGUAGGUAGUCAACUUAGCACAGCUGAUCCCUGUCAGUGUUUCUAUUCCACAACAGUCCUUUUAAAUCUAUUCCUGCGUUCACCCCUCAGUCUGCCUGUGGUGAUGGGUUGCAAAUGGUCACCACUCUGUAGGUGAAGAGGUAUUCCCUUGAAUUUCCUACAUGACUUUCUGCAAACUGAAGAAGACAAGCUGACUUCAGUUAUGUCUGACAUGUUCUUUGUCUCUCAAAUCUCUCGACCAAUGAUGAAUGACAUUGGAAGUUAACCUCCUUAUUUCCUGUUCGUGUCAAAGUUAUGGGUCACUUUCACUGCUUCUGGAAGAUUGCAUAUCACAGGCUGGGCUGUUAAAAUACAUCACUGUCCUACCAAGUCUGAAAGCAGAAUUGUGGACUACUAGUUGGAUGUUCAAUGGAGCAGGUCGGAAACCAGAAAUGGGUCAGCACAGGGCAGAUGUUAAGGCUCUGGGCAGUGGUAGGGGUAAGAGCACAUCAGGAGCAGGGAGACAGUGUGGCGGGGGGGGGUGGACUGUGGCAAUGAUUGAUGGAGUAGCAACUUUUGGAAUCUGAUUGACAGGAGUAAAGAAGUGACUGCUAACAUGCUCUGCCUGUGGAAAUUGAGUGUAUUACUUGUGGGCUCUUGUGCUAAACUGGCUGUUGUCUGGAUUGUUGCCAUUCGACAAAGGGGAGGCACUGCUUGCAAACACUUCUACUGGCACUGUUCUUAUUCAUAAGUCUACGAGCAUCACAAUGUACUAUCACUGUGAAUUGAGUACACAGGUGUCUGGACUAGAUUCUGGAUUAGUUCCUGAGGAUUGGAGGGUGGCUAAUGUAACCCCACUUUUUAAAAAAGGAGGGAGAGAGAAACCGGGGAAUUAUAGACCGGUUAGCCUAACGUCGGUGGUGGGGAAACUGCUGGAGUCAGUUAUCAAGGAUGUGAUAACAGCACAUUUGGAAAGCGGUGAAAUGAUCGGACAAAGUCAGCAUGGAUUUGUGAAAGGAAAAUCAUGUCUGACGAAUCUCAUAGAAUUUUUUGAGGAUGUAACUAGUAGAGUGGAUAGGGGAGAACCAGUGGAUGUGGUAUAUUUGGAUUUUCAAAAGGCUUUUGACAAGGUCCCACACAGGAGAUUAGUGUGGAAACUUAAAGCACACGGUAUUGGGGGUAAGGUAUUGGUGUGGGUGGAGAAUUGGUUAGCAGACGGGAAGCAAAGAGUGGGAAUAAACGGGACCUUUUCAGAAUGGCAGGCGGUGACUAGUGGGGUACCGCAAGGCUCAGUGCUGGGACCCCAGUUGUUUACAAUAUAUAUUAAUGACUUGGAUGAUGGAAUUAAAUGCAGCAUCUCCAAGUUUGCGGAUGACACGAAGCUGGGUGGCAGUGUUAGCUGUGAGGAGGAUGCAGGGUGACUUGGAUAGGUUGGGUGAGUGGGCAAAUUCAUGGCAGAUGCAAUUUAAUGUGGAUAAAUGUGAAGUUAUCCACUUUGGUGGCAAAAAUAGGAAAACAGAUUAUUAUCUGAAUGGUGGCCGAUUAGGAAAAGGGGAGGUGCAACGAGACCUGGGUGUCAUUAUACACCAGUUAUUGAAAGUGGGCAUGCAGGUACAGCAGGCGGUGAAAAAGGCGAAUGGUAUGCUGGCAUUUAUAGCGAGAGGAUUCGAGUACAGGAGCAGGGAGGUACUACUGCAGUUGUACAAGGCCUUGGUGAGACCACACCUGGAGUAUUGUGUGCAGUUUUGGUCCCCUAAUCUGAGGAAAGACAUCUUUGCCAUAGAGGGAGUACAAAGAAGGUUCACCAGAUUGAUUCCUGGGAUGGCAGGACUUUCAUAUGAAGGAAGACUGGAUGAAUUGGGCUUGUACUCGUUGGAAUUUAGAAGAUUGAGGGGGGAUCUGAUUGAAACGUAUAAGAUCCUAAAGGGAUUGGACAGGCUAGAUGCAGGAAGAUUGUUCCCGAUGUUGGAGAAGUCCAGAACGAGGGGCCACAGUUUGAGGAUAGAGGGGAAGCCUUUUAGGACCGAGAUUAGGAAAAACUUCUUCACACAGAGAGUGGUGAAUCUGUGGAAUUCUCUGCCACAGGAAACUGUUGAGGCCAGUUCAUUGGCUAUAUUUAAGAGGGAUUUAGAUAUGGCCCUUGUGGCUACG